GAUAUUGUGCGUCAAAGUUACCGGUGCCACUAGAAGUAUUUAAAAAAUACAAUUGUAAUAUUAAAUGCGGCCAUUGAGAUGUCUUCGUAUCUACCAGUAACAUUACAAGGUGCAAACUUAGGAGAGAGACAUCGAUACCUAAAUUCGUUAGUUAAUCAGGCAUUUACGGAAAAUGUUCCCAUCAAUGAAAUUAUUUCAAUCCCAGAAAGAUCGGCUAUCUGUAGACUCUUUAAAAUUGACCUCGCUUCUAAGUAUAGGUACUUGGAAUACAUUCUUCAGAAUUUGAAAGACGAUGACAUGCUCUACGUGAGCCGAUGUUUCAAAUGUCUUUGGCUUCUCGAAUCGGGAUACCGCGACAUUAUAUGUCCCUCACAUCUAAAUAACGUUCUGUAUCCGGAAAUGAUUAAACCAGCUGUAAAUAAAAUGAAGCAUUGGUUGAAGAUAAACUUAAAAGAUGCCGAAAGAUGUCAGGAGUUUUACAAUUAUUACAAAUCUAAUAUCGAAGAAGCGAUAAGUUUUUUCUGGCAUUGUUCCAAUGAAUUUAUUUUAAGCGAAUUCCCGAACAUUGUAGACAAAUUGACGCCGGUGCAAAUGCGAAUCCUCGUAGAAACUUGUCCGUCUGCUUUUACAUUAUAUUUUGAUAUUUUACCAAGUAAUCGACUGGCACUGACACGCUAUGUAAACGAUGAAACUAACUACUUCAUGUGUAUAAGAUAUUUGUUAAAACAUGAUGGAAACUCGUUUUUGGACUUGGUCGAGAAAUAUUUUAAUACUUUAAAAUUUAGUCCUUUUGGUCCUUCUAUAACGGAAAUCAUAAUGAAAAAAUACAAAAGUAGAGUUUUAACUAAAGCUGAGCUUUACUUUCCGUCGAUUCUUCAUAAAAAAACUUUCGCAGCUCACUUGACUAGCGAUGAAGCUAAGGACCUUGUCUUGCAACUAGCGCGGGCCGAAUAUAUAUCCUACUGGCUUACAUUUCAGAAUGUAGAGGCAUUGAUUAAGCGCGUAAACAUAACCGAACGAGCGUUACUAAAAAAGCAAGUUUUUGUCGAUAAGACGAUCGGUUCCACCGUAGCUGAAUGGCCAUACCCAGUACCGAAGCCACUUGUUCUUAAUGAAGAAAGUGACAAAUGUUUACUAGACGUGUAUCACCAUCCACACGAAUACAUUUUCCAUGAACGUUUUAUGUGUUGUCAAAAAAUAAUGAAAAGGAAAUACGCCAAAUACGAUCGUUAUGACAUAUUCAGUGCUGAAAAGUCUCUAUUAGAUAAAUUGUUCAAUCGCUACCGUUUUACAGGUUUUGAGGCCACAUUUCGUGAGCUAAGUAAAAAAAUAUUGGCCGAAACUACAGUUGAAGGCCGGAUGAACAUGAUGUUGGUUCUUGUCAGUAAAAGUGGUGGUAUAUCGGCCCAAGUUGAAAAAUUAUUAAAGUUUUUGGUAGAGAAACAUAAAAACGAAACCAACACACUUCGAGCGGCUGUAAUAAGGUCUCUUGUUAAGCGAGAACGCGUUUGGGCUGUAGAAGAAAAGCCUUGGGAAUAUUUAUUGGAGUUCGGGCGAGAUUUAGGACUUGAUGGUUCAAAUACUGAACUUGUUUGCCGCGAGGGCCUCCAUGCUGUUAUCAUAAGACACUUGUUGCAUGAUACUCCUAUCUCAGAGACUUUGCUGGCAGGAUUUUUGCGUGAUUUUUCAACGUUGUCCGAAUAUAAGCUAAACGUCGAUGAAAAAACACUAAUUUCCAAGCGCUUGCCGCCUUUGUUAAUGUCGUCAAAUCCUAUUGGCUUCUUGGAUGUUAUUGAUGAAUAUAAAUUAAGUAUAAAAGAGUUUCCGGAUGCUGUGCCUUUCCUAGUAAAAGCAGCAAAUGAUGACACCAAUUUGGUUUAUCGAUUAUAUAAAGCGAGAAUUUUGCGACGUGAACUCUUUCAUAAAACAUUCACACUUCACCAGACCAAUGCCAUGUAUUUAAACGCAUUGCGACACGAUGUAAAACCCCUCGAAUCUGGUAAGAGUUUCACCUCAUUAGCCUCGUCACAGCGUCCGAAUCACGAUAAGUUUCUUCAUUCUUUGAGUUUGUUCUUUAGCGAACCUGGCGGUUUGGCAGAUCAGCAUAGGAAUAGCUUAGAAGUAGCUUUAGCCGGAGAGCCGAAAUCUUGGAUGGUACGCCCCUUGUGUAUGUUGUGGUCUACUGAAUUGUUGUUGAAGCGUAUUUCGGAUUUGUCCAAAACGGAAAAAGGAAAAAAGAAAGAUGAAGUGAAAUCAAAAAUGUUGUUCGAGUUUAAAAGUAAUGCGCACAAGUCUAAGCCAACGUUGAAUAUCGAUGUUGUUGACUGGCAAAAGGUAGGAGCUAAGGUUGUUGCAAAUAAGGUAUUCGUUUGUAGGAACAAAGAUCAAGAACGAUAUUUAAAGAAACUGUCGGGAUCGAAACGAACAGCAAAAAUUUCACUUCGACUGGCAUCCAAAACUCCAUUUGUAGUAGAUAAUUACCUUCGUGUAUAUACUUUAAGACCUAAAGCCGCCCUUGAUUUUGGUUUUUCAGUUUUUUUCAAAGAGACAAUAAUUGAUGAAUCCAUAUGGGGUGCUAUGAAAUAUCUUAUUGAUAAUACACAAAACUUGUCGAAUAAUCGACACUUAUUAAAAAUAUUAGAGGACAACGCGACCGUGCCAAAAAAUAUAGAAUCUGAUUAUUGGGUAUUCGUGUAUAACACCCUUGUCAGAAUUAAUUUUAAGAAAGCUACGCCGAUGCUUUGUCGGCUAGAAAAUUUACUACCUCAAGUGGAUCAGACAGUAAUGAAAAAUAUAAUUAAUGAUUUCAUCACUAACGAUUUGAAUGUUGAUAACUUUGUGAAAAACAGCAAAAUACAUAAUAUUAGAUCUUUAUACUUCCGAAUUAUAGCCAAAAUCUUACUAUUUUGUAAAUCAGAUGACGAACAAAAAGAUUUACUCGAAAAUAUCUGUGAUAAAUUUUUCAAUUCCUUAGAAGAGUUAUUAAAAUCGGAAGAAAGUAAAAAAAAUGUUUUACAAUGUUUAAAUGAUUUCAUAUUUUCCUUGAAAUACAUUAAAGCCUUUGUUGGGGAAUAUGUAACAAUCAUACCCGUAUUCGAAAGAGUGUUGAAGAGGUUACACAAUUUAUUACCUGUCGAAGAAAAUUUUAAUAAAUACGCUGAAAUUCAUUUGACUAUGCUCUUUUACAAGAGCGUCAAACAACUGUCUAAAUUGCAAUCAUUUCCGCCGGAGGAUUCGAAGCUAUGCAAUGAAAAUGUCGAGAUAGUGGGUAAGAUUUUUGGCAAAUAUGUUGGCUACGAAAUAAAGGAACUAGUUUCAAAAUACUUUAAAUCUGUUGUACAUAUAUACAAAAAGGUUUUAAAGGAUUAUUUGCGUAAUUACUUCAAGUUCAAUGACGGUAGGAGCUUGUUUGUAACUCACGUGGUAAAGGGUAUUCUAGAAGCCGGUACAACCGAGGCACUGCUACUGGCUGAACAUAUUUUUAACAAAGAGCAUAAAUAUCACAUUGCCGAACCGCAUCGCGAUGAAAUUCUAAAAGUUUUAAAAGAAGCAAACGAUGAAGUGAAAUACUUUUUCUGUGCUGAUUUUUUAUGUUGAAAUUGAAAAUAUAUCUUUUUUAUUAAUCACAUUAUUAA